AUGGCAGAGGAGAAAGUAGGGGAUGAAGGCACUAAGAAAUUGAAAGGAAGAAAGUCUUCAUGGGCAACCCUCCGCCGUGUUGACUCGCUCAAUCUCGAGGCCGGUCGGGUCCCUGCCACUGCCACCCAUCGACUCCCCACCGUAAAUUGGCAACGAACAUUGAGUUUAGCAUUUCAGAGCGUGGGAGUGGUGUACGGAGACAUCGGGACGUCGCCGUUGUACGUGUAUGCAAGCACGUUCAGCAGUGGGAAUAUAGAGAACACCGACGACGUGAUCGGAGUUCUGUCACUCAUAAUCUACACCAUAGCACUGAUUCCAUUGUUGAAGUAUGUGUUCAUUGUGCUUUGGGCAAAUGACAAUGGUGAUGGUGGAACAUUUGCCCUUUACUCGUUGUUAUGCCGCUAUGUAAAAGUAGGGUUGAUUCCAAACGAACAGCCAGAGGAUAGAGAACUGUCUAAUUAUCAGCUUGUUGUGCCUUCUAAUUUGAGAAGGUCUCAAAAGGUGAAGGAGAAGCUUGAGAAUAGUAUGUUUGCAAAAAUUGUUCUUUUUCUCGUCACUAUCGCUGGAACUUCCAUGGUUAUUGGUGAUGGAGUUCUCACUCCAUCUAUUUCCGUGCUCUCAGCAGUGAGUGGAAUCAGUUCACUAGGAACAGAUGCAGUUGUGGGGAUUUCAGUAGCAAUUCUUGUAAUUCUAUUCUGCAUUCAAAGAUUUGGAACUGACAAAGUGGGAUUCUCAUUUGCUCCAAUAAUAUUUACUUGGUUUGCAUUUAUUGGUGGAAUUGGCCUUUUCAAUUUGUUCAAGCAUGACCCUUCUGUUCUUAAAGCUUUUAACCCUAAAUAUAUCUUUGAUUAUUUCAAAAGAAAUGGGAAAGAAGCUUGGGUUUCUCUUGGUGGUGUUUUUCUAUGCAUCACAGGGACCGAGGCCAUGUUUGCUGAUUUAGGUCACUUCAAUGUUAGAGCUAUCCAGAUUAGUUUCUCUUCCAUUGUAUUUCCUGCUUUAUUAGCAGCUUACAGUGGGCAAGCUGCAUAUCUCAGAAAAUUCCCAGACCAUGUUGCCCAUACUUUCUAUGACUCCAUUCCAGAUCCUUUAUACUGGCCAACAUUCGUAGUUGCGGUAGCAGCUUCAAUCAUAGCAAGUCAAGCAAUGAUCUCAGGAGCAUUUGCCAUAAUAUCACAAUCUUUAUCUCUAGGUUGCUUCCCGAGAGUAAAAGUAAUCCACACUUCACCCACAUAUGAAGGCCAAGUUUACAUCCCAGAGGUUAAUUACCUUCUAAUGUUAGCAUGUGUCAUCGUAACCGCUGCUUUCAAAACCACUGAAAACAUCGGUCACGCCUAUGGCAUUGCCGUUGUCGCCGUCAUGAUCAUGACUACCGCCAUGGUUUCUCUCAUCAUGAUUGUCAUUUGGAAGACGAGUAUUUGGUUGAUAGUUUUAUUCAUUCUCGUCUUUGGCUCUAUAGAACUUCUCUAUUUCUCGUCGGUUCUUUACAAGUUCACUCAAGGAGGUUUUCUUCCUCUUGUUCUUGCAGUUUUUCUCAUGGCUAUCAUGGUUGUGUGGCAUUAUGUUCAUAGGGAAAGAUAUAUUUUUGAACUUAAAAAUAAGGUUUCUAGUGGGUACAUAACUGAGUUAGCUAACAAUCCUGAUGUUAAUCGAAUCCCUGGAAUUGGCCUUCUUUACUCUGAGUUGGUUCAAGGUAUUCCUCCCAUUUUCCCUCACUUCAUUUCUAGUAUUCCUUCUGUUCACUCCGUUAUCGUCUUCGUCUCCAUCAAGUCUAUUCCGAUAAGCAAAGUCACACCUAAUGAACGGUUUUUGUUUCGCCAAGUGGAGCCAAGGGAGUACCGUAUGUUUCGAUGUGUUGUCAGAUAUGGAUAUAAAGACAUAGUAACUGGCUCUGAUGAGUUUGAGCGGCAGUUGGUGGAGAGCUUGAAACAAUUCAUACGCCAAGAACAUAUAAUGCUAGAAGGUGUACCAAUAGACCCCCCAGUUUCAGUAGCAACAGUGCAUGUCGAAGGUGAAACGGCAUCUGCCGAAGUGGCAAAUCAUUCAUCUCGCCGCUCGUCAGGCUCCAUUCAGCCAGUCGGCGAAUCGAAAUCGAGGGGGUCGUCAAAUGGAACGGCUGAUCGUCAAGUACUAGGAGUGGCUGCAGUGGAGGAAGAGAUGGCAUUUAUAGAGAAAGCAAUGAAAAAAGGAGUGGUUUAUUUGUUGGGAGAAGCAGAAGUAGUGGCUGAACCAAAAUCUUCAUUGAUUAAGAAAAUGGUGGUUAAUUAUGCUUAUAGUUUCUUGAGGAAGAACUUUAGGCAAGGGGAGAAUGUUCUUGAGAUUCCACGUACUAGGCUUUUAAGGGUUGGAAUGACUUACGAAAUAUGACUCUCCCCAAGAAAAACAUAUAGAAGUGUUUGUUUGUUGUAUUAUGUACUUAAAAUGUUGUAAUUUUGAAGUGGUAAGUCAAGUGUCAAGGUGAGCUUGGGUUAAAGUGUUUUUGACGUAACUUUUGUUUUUAGAGGCUGGCUGAGGUUCAAUCCUCUACUCAUUGUGUAGUACUACGAAAAGUUAUACUAUAAAUGUGUGUAUACUCUUUGGAAGAAGUUGCUUUCAUUGUUGGUGUGGUUCGAGGGUUCAAAUAAACUUCUUCUGUAAAAGAAAAUUUAUUAUUGAAGGAAAUCGACACAAUUUGAAUCUUA